UUCACACCCACUAUCAACCCCACUUCUCCCCUUGCACGCUCUUCCAAUAUACUCUCACUCCUCCUCACUCUCGCUGCUGUCCGGGCCUUGGGUAAAUCACGAUGGCAGCUGUGAAUGGGGCGCGGAAAGGCCUGUCAAAGAAUGCGACCAACAAACUCAGCUUGGUUGACCCAUCCAUAUACGACAAGAUACUUACUGAAGCCGACCGCAAGCCGGUCAAAUUGAAGGUCAAAUACACACCCGCCAAGCAAAGUGAUCCAGGCCGAUGGAACGACGAGAACAAGGUCACGGGCGGGCAUGAUGCGGACAAGAAAGAUGCGGCGCCCCCGCCAACGUCACCACUCAUAAAUCAGGUUGACAAUAAGAUCGCCAUUGCGUUUCCCUCCGGCAGGCCGUUCGAGGACACAGUCGACAUUGUGCAGUGCAAGCACUGCAAGAAGCCCGUUCUAAAGCUUGCGGCCCCAGAUCACAUACGCAGCUGUCUACGAAAGAAACAGGAAAAGCUACUAAAGAAGAAGGAGGCGAAGGAGGCGAAGGAUGCAGCACUGCGCAAGGAACGCAACGGCGGCAUAUCGCCCGCCGGUUCAGACGACGAAAGCAGCAUCAAGAGGGCGAGGAAGACGGCUGUCGAUGGCGAUGGGGUUGCGAAGAAGGCGGGCAAGAAGAGGAAAGCAGAGGACGAUGGCAAGGCCGGCAGCGCGAAGAAGAAGAAGAAGGAUGAUCUGAAGGCGAAGAAGCCUGCCAAAGGCCCUGUCGAUGUCGAGAAGCAAUGUGGUGUCCCCCUCCCGAAUGGAGCUUUGUGUGCCAGGAGUUUGACGUGCAAGAGCCACAGCAUGGGCGCCAAGAGAGCUGUACCGGGCAGGAGCGCACCGUACGACGUGUUGUUGGCGCAGUACCAGAAGAAGAACCAGGCAAAGCAGCAGCGUACGUUCCUGCUCCUUUGUACACAGCCACUGCACACAGAGGUACUGACAUGCAGAUGCAGGGGCUGCGAUCGACGCCAAUGCCCCUCUAGCCGACGACUUCGAACCUGGCAACGUCGACUCGGACGAGGAACGCGAAGCAGUCAUGUCCGCCAUCUCUCGGUCUCUGCGAACAAAUCCACUCUCUGGGGCGCGGUAUGCCGGCUCCCCGCUUGUCUCGACGCCGUUGACAUCCAUCACUGCAAAAUACAAAUAUCAUCGCAUGCGUGACCUGCUGCGCAAUGCCCUCUCAGGUGCAAACGGUCGUGACUUGUUUGCUACGUCUGCUACUGCGAUGAUGAUGUCAUCAGCAUCUGUUGGACAAGGGGGCUUACCCAGCGCAGGCUUGUUCAACGCGGAUGGCGUGAAUGGAACCGGUGUGCUAAGCGACGGACUAGAUGGUGUGGGUCUUGGAAUGAAUGUUGGCGUGGGCAUGGGAAGCAGGAGAGGAAGCAUCGCGCCAACGAGGCAGAUGGUUCCCGCUGGUGGAGGCACGAAUAGUAGGAAACCGAGUAUCAGCAGCAAUGCGGGGAUGUAGAUGCACCCUUAAACUUUUGGGAAAGGCCCUUCUGGUGACGCAAGUCCUAAGCGAGCGAAGCUUUUGCGUGCCAUAGCAUUAAGAUACCCUGUAUAAGACGAGCAGAAAUGUGGCAUAUGGGCAAUGCAGGAAGGCAACUUGAGCAGAGAGGUUGGCAUCCGGGUUUGCUAGAAUCAAGCCCUGAUGUGAGUUUCCACUACUAUAGAGAAGUCUCAUAACAGAGCAAACACGUAACAUGCCCUGGAUUUUUUUUUC